CUUCCGCUGCCGUGAGGCGGUGGCGUCGGGGAUCCCCUACGGCUUCCCGGCGGGAGAGGGCGGCCCCGGGAGGCGAUGGCGGCGCCGGAGCAGGAGCCGGGCGGGCAGCGGCCGGCGGGGCUCGGGCAGGGCGGGGAGAGCCCUCCCGCCAGCCCUCCGGCGGCCGCCAUGGGCGACGGGCCGCCGGCCUGGUCCCCGGCUUCGGCCCAGGCGGCCUCGCUGCUGGAGGAGGCGGCGGAGCUCCUGGUGUUGCAGCGGGACUUCGCCGCCGCCCUGGAGCGCUGCGAGGCGGGCUGCGGCAGCCUGGGCCCCGCGCCCGGCCCCGACAGCAGUUGCAUGGAAGUGAAGUGCUCCCUUUGUGUGGUGGGCAUUCAGGCGCUGGCUGAGAUGAACCGGUGGAGAGAAGUUCUGUCCUGGGUCCUGCAGUACUACCAUCGCCCUGAGCAUCUGCCUCCAAAAAUCCUGGAGCUGUGUAUCCUGUUAUACAGCAAAGUGAGAGAGCCCCAGGUGAUGCUGGAGGUUGGCAGUAGCUGGCUGAAGGACCAAACCAAUAAGAGCCUCCCUGAGUAUGGUUCAUUGCUGGAGCUCUAUCUGCUGCAUGUGCUGCUUCCACUUGGCCGAUUUGAGGGGGCAGAAGAGCUUGUGUACAGCUGUGAUGUUCUUGACAGUGAGCAGAAGCUGGCAUUUGUUGAGACCAUUUGUGAAAAGCGAUGUCAGUGGACUCAACAGGAAGAAAUGCACUCAGCUCAUGAUGAGCAGGAAGACAAAGCAACAGAGACUGUUUUGGGUGCUCUGUCCCAAAAGCUCUUGACCAUGCUGACGUUGCUACGAAGAACACUGAGGUCCAUGUCGAGCCACUUCUAUGUACUUCCUUAUAAAAAGAUGCUCUUGGCUACUUUUCUGUUGUACCUGGUAGUGGUGAGAUUAGACCCAGCUUCUCCUACGUCCCUGCCGUUCAUUUGCAAACUGGUGCAGCUCUUCCGACAGGCUUGGGCAGCUGUGUUGUCUCCAAUCCACAGGCCUCCAAUUCAAGACUAAACGUCUUCUGCCUCUGCUGCUGUGUCAGCUUGUCUCAAAGACUUUAUGAACUUCUUCAAGGACUGUUGAAAUCGGUGUCGUAGUAGAGAUGACCACCUGUGAUCUCCUGUGAAGUGGUCCUCUCCUUUCUUCAGACAGGGAGUGGUGGUAUAUGAAUUUUGAAGCCAUGCCAAGUAUUCCUGACAUUACCUUGGCUAUUCAGCGCCGUUCUGUCCAACACAAGGCUAAAGCCACUCCUUCUGUAAUCUACAACUGAUUAAGAUCCUCCUUUUGAAACACUUGGCUUUGGGUGUGGCUCUUGAGUGAGAGGUGUGUAGACAGUUAUGAAGUAUGAUGCCUGUUUGGAAGAUGGUUCCGUCCUUGCAAAUACCAUGCAAUUCCCUGAACAACUGAACCAGCAUUCCUGGAAGCAGGAAUGUUAAAGGCAACAGAGUAUCAGUAAUUAGAGGGAAUAUUCUGUUUUGCCUGAAGACAUCUCAAAUCCCAGUUUCUCUAGCAUGGGUCUGAGGACAAGUACAUGGGAGAAAAACACUGCAGCAAGCAAAGCCUGUUGUGUUUUGAACACCGUGGUUUCUCUUGUGACUGAUGCUUCCUCGUACAGGCACUCUUGAUUUUAAUUUUAUCUAUGGCAGAAAGCCUAGGUGGUGUGCUACAAGUACUGUUGCGCUGCACCUACAGUUCUUAAAUGCAGAUUACAGUACCUUGUGCUUGCCUUGGUGCAUAGUAAUCUGUAGGAGCCUGUGCAAGUGGUAAUGAAAUUUAUUUUUUUAUAUUAUGUUCCAUAUUACUGUCUAGUUGAAUCACUGAGAUUGUUGCAUUGUUUUACUCUUUCCCUACCUCUUGCUUCAUUUAUGAAGAUGUCAGAAAGUCCCAGUAUGUCUAGAAACCUUCCUCCUAUGUCCAUAAAGUCCUAAUUUACAUGGUAACCAUUCAGCAAUGCUCUAUCAUUCAGAACAAACAAAUCUUUGGUAGAAAUUCUGAGAUCCCCACAGCUGUUGCAAGAAAGUUACUGUCUUUACAGAAGGUCUUACCAGGCUGACGCUGUUUCUCAUCACCUGGGGCAGAGAUUGGAGGUCUGCAGGAGAACAAUUAAUUCCAAUUGAUGGACAGUGAGUAAGUGCCAAGGGAGAGAGCACUGACUAUUUCAAGAUUGCUUCUACUGGAGCAAGCUGCACAUGUGCUGGAGAGAACAAGUUAGAGCCAUGUGGCAAAUGUAGCCAGCUAUCCCAGCAUCUGUGCCAAGAUGAUUCAGGCUGACCAACAUCAGCCAAAACUACAGAAACAAAGCUGCCUUCUUGGUGGGCAGUUUCUAUCCAACAGCAGUUUAUGAAAUAAUAAAUUUCCCUUUGAAGUCAAGCUAAAUUCUAAAUGAUACGUGACCGUUCAGCUAACAAUCACCUUUUUAAUCUCAAUUUCUGUUAACACUUCCAGUUAAAUGGCAGAGUUGCAUUUUGGGGACUGGGUUCAGUGAGCAGACCAUAUGUUAUGUGUAGAGCUCUGUUAUAUAUCAUAGCCAUUCAUUUACCGGAACUCUAACAUUCAACUUGAUUUUAUUGGUAGGUUUGCAACCUCCACUUCUUUUGAGUACUACUGAUGUUGGAUUUGAAUUGUGUUUAGCUCUCCAUGAGAGGGGCAAAGGCAGAAACAACCAAUCUUUCUUUUUUUCCAAUGAAUACUAAACCCGCAAUAUUUAAUUUUCACAAUAAAAUGACUACUUAUUUACCUCUUUGUAGAGUUGUUUGUUUGUGCUGUGAUGAAGUGUAUCAAAGCUUUAUCAUUUAAUGUAUUGAUGCUGUAGAGCCUUGAAAUAGUUUCUGGAAAUGUUUCAUAUGUGUCCUCAUUGUCCAAGUACAUUGGAAUUAGGUAGCGGACUUGCUAAUUAAGUAGAGACUUACAGGUCUGCAUUUUCAUAGGAGUUCAGAAAGUGAUAAUUACUUUCUGUGAAAGAUGCAAUAUAUAUAUAUAUUUUAAAAUAUAUUUAAGUCUUUCUGUGUACUUUGGGAUGGCUAAGAUCAGAACUACUGAGAAUAAAGUACCUGGUACUUGUCUUGA